UCGUAUUUGACUCGUUGCAGGCCGUGACUGAGGAUGCGGUGGCGGUGGCAGACGCCGCUCCUACCGCUGGUGCUGCUGCUGUAUUGGGCCGAGGCGCUUCGCUCCAUGCAUCGCGGCCAGAGCUACAGCAUCAGCCAGAAGCCGUGCCGCGCGAGCGUGGCGGGCAGUGGCGAGCAGGCCGGCACGUGCAUGUUCGUGUGGGAGUGCCUGCAGAGCGAGGGCCGCCACAUCGGCAUGUGCGUCGACACCUUCAUGUUCGGAUCGUGCUGCGCGCCGCGGCCGCCCGGGCAGCCGGCCGGCCCGGCCCCGGGCCAGCAGGCCGGCCAGCCCUCCGGCCCGGACCACUCGCCCUUCGCGCCGCCCAGAAAGAAGCCGCCGCCGCCCUACCACCACGACGUGACCACGCGGCCCCCCGGCGGCAGCAGCAGCAACAGGCCCCAGUUCGUGUCCAAACCUAGUCCCAGCCCUGCUCCGAGCAGCGCGCCGCCGCCCAACCCGUCGGACAUCAGCAGCAACAUCAUCACCAGCAGCACCAUCGUGGGCACCAACUCCAUCUACACCAUCCGUCCCAGCGGCAGCAACAACAGGCCGAGCUUCGUGUCCAGGCCGCCGCACGGCACCGGUGGCAGCGCGGCCGGCAGCGGCACCACCAGCGCCACCGGCGGCAACAACGCGAACAACGUCAACAACAACUGGUGGAGUCGUCCCUCUAGUCCUACGCUCUCAACCGCCUCCUCCACGUGGACCGCCAGCACUCGGCCGCCAACCAUCUGGGCUCGGCCGUCUACCACUCCGUCUCCAAGCACCGCCUCAGCCACCCUACCGGUGACAACGCCACCGAGCCCGAGCACGGCGAGCCACAGCUUCGUGAGCAACACGAUCCUGACCAACUUGUCGGAGCCGGCCAGCAACAACAUGAUUUGGGCCACCACCAACGAGCCCAUGUUUGUGACCAGGCCGAGGCCGUCGAGUCAGAUCAGGCCAAAGCCUCGGCCGCGGCCGACCAAGAGGCCGGUGACGACGACUUCGACCACGACUACGACCACCACGACGACAUCGACAACGACCACGACCACGACAACCGCGCGGCCGCCACCACCGCCUCCUUCCGCGGCGCCGACCACCACCGCCGCCCCCACCUCCACGCUGACCUCUACUUCGGUGUCCGCGAUGCCGAGCAGCAACGGGAACUAUGAGUGCGGGGUGCCGCCGCUCUUCCCGCGGCCUGAGACGCGGAUCGUGGGCGGGCGCAACGCUCAGUUCGGCGGCUGGCCGUGGCAGGUGUCGGUGCGCAGGACGUCCUUCUUUGGCUUCUCGUCGACGCACCGCUGCGGAGGGGCGCUGCUCAACGAGAACUGGAUCGCCACCGCGGGUCACUGCGUCGACGAUCUGCUGACGUCGCAGAUCCGGAUCCGGGUGGGCGAGUACGACUUCUCGUCGGUGCAGGAGCCCCUGCCGCACGUCGAGCGGGCCGCGGCCCGCAAGGUGGUGCACCCGCGCUACAACUACUUCACCUACGAGUUCGACCUGGCGCUCGUGCGAAUGGACACGCCGCUCGUCUUUCAGCCGCACAUCGCGCCCCUGUGCCUGCCCGCCUCGGACGACCUCCUCAUCGGCGAGAACGCCACGGUGACGGGCUGGGGCCGGCUGAGCGAGGGCGGCACGCUGCCCUCCGUGCUGCAGGAGGUUUCUGUUCCUAUUGUCAGCAAUGACAUAUGCAAAAGCAUGUUCCUCAGAGCGGGUCGGCAUGAGUUCAUCCCCGAUAUCUUCUUGUGUGCUGGAUACGAUAUCGGCGGGCAAGAUUCGUGUCAGGGAGACUCUGGAGGCCCUCUACAAGUCCGGGGUAAGGAUGGUCGUUAUUUCCUGGCGGGAAUAAUCAGUUGGGGAAUUGGCUGUGCUGAGGCCAACCUGCCUGGAGUAUGCACUAGGAUCUCUAAGUUUGUCCCGUGGAUCGUGGAAAAUGUGUCCUGAGACUGACUGAUUCCUAAAGAAUGUUCCCUGUCUGGUUGUCUGUCUGUCUGCGUGUGUGUAUGUGCGUGUGUAUCUGUGUGUGUAUUUUUGUAUGUGUGGGUGCGCGUUUGUGCUUGUGUGCAUGUGUAUGCUUCCCUGUUUCGUGAGUGUUAGUGUGCAAGAAAGAACGUGUGUGAUAGGUAUUCUAAGAAGGGCAGCGUCAAAAUGUCCAAUCAUACAGGGUCUCCCAUUCAAGGUGGGAUUUUCCCGCCACGUAUUUGAUUCCAUAUCGCUUCGCUGCAGAUUACUGAGCUCAGUUUCUGGACAUGGCACACCUUGGCUCGUCUUGACGAACUGCGUCAAAGAGCUAGGCAGGACGAGCCAACCUCAGCCGCACAGCCUAGCCACCCGCAGCGAGGCAAUAGUUGUUGGUAGUUAUACUAUGGAAACUGUCGGCCUCAGUAUGAUAAGAAUUAGUGGAUCAGUUUCACAGAUUGAAAAGAUGCAUCUAGUCGGAAUAAGGCAAAUAGGAUGGGAAAGACCUCAUUAUGUGGUGAGGAUGGACUGCAGACAUCUUAGAGAUGUUGAAGUAGGAUAUUUUACCCAGAGCAGCCAGGCUGUUAUUGCAUGUUUAUUAAAUAUAUAGAUAUUUUGAAAGUGUGAUAUCUUCUACCUGGCAGGCCUUAUAUUCAAAGUCAAAUGGUUAUCUGCCAUUGCUUUUUGUUUUCUUCUUUAUCCCCCAAAAGUUAAGGUGAGGCAUUAUUAAUAUGGGAUGACUUCAGAGCCUUUUUAAUGUUUGAAUAUUCAUAAACUCUAAAUGCAGUGAAGUCCUACAUACCUAUCAACAAUAACAAGUUACCCAUAUCAUUUUUUUUUUAAUGAAUACUUUUCACCAAGCUUUGGAAAGAUGUUAUGUAUUACAAGGAAAAACCUCUCAGAUGAUGUCAUUCAGCUUUAUUUUGUUGCUCAAACUAGUGCAAUGAUCCGUGUUUUAAAAAAAAUAUCUGCACAUUGUGCCUUGUACAUUUUUGUUGUUACUGUAGAUUGUAGAUAACUUUUGUACAUUAAUAAAUUAGUAUAACAAAUUGGACGCUUAUGCACCAGUACUAGGAAUGCUCAUAAUGUAAAUUAUUAUAACUACUGUAUUUUGUCCUAGAAAAUCUAUAAUUAAUUAAACACUCAGGUAAUGCGAGUUGCACUUGUAAUUACGCCGUGAGAACCUUUCAAAAUUGACUUUUCAACAUAGGUUUGGUAUUAGCAGAUCAUUAUAAUGACGAGUACAAAACUACUUUUCAAAAAUUGUCUGUGCACUCUUGAUGGUAAGUGCAAUACUUAGAUCUUGUAUAUUCUGGGGCAGUUUGUGCAACAUUCCUACUGCUUUUCCAAAGGCCAUAUGCUGUUAUGAGUCAAUAUAAGUUGUAAGGUUUCAGAGAUUUAACACUGAAAUAAAUUUAUGUAAGAGUUUGAUUGAUACUGUUGUGCAAACAGAAGAAGUUCAGUUGGAGUGUGAUGACCGAUAAUUAUUUUUAGCUGUAAGUUUAUUGUGUUGAUGUAUUCUGAAGCAUGAAAAGAGAUAAUUAGACUUGACACAAACUUGAUUAAAAGACAAUUUUUGUCUAGACUCUCUGUUGCUAUUGGUAGAAAGAUCACUUGCCAUGGUUGACUGUGAAUUCCAUUUGUUAUUAUUUUAUAUGUGUUUGGAAGUGUGAACUCUUGCCAGUGGAGAAAUUUUCUACUUCCCCUAUUACUAAAUGCCUCUGUGAACCUUGUCCUUCGAAUAUUCUCCCAAAUAUUCCGUGGAUACCAUUUUAUACAGUCCCCAAGAGACUGUCUCUAAUUGAUUAAAGUACUGGUUUUCAAAUUUUCUGUGCCAGUCUGUGACAACUAAAUUAUACACACCAUUGUUGAUCUUUUUGUUAGUUUUGUUGUGGCGUUAUGUAAUAAACAGUUGAUUUUGCAUAAA